AUGAUUGAUAACUACAAGCAUUGGCAUGAGAAGCUACCAUUUGCUCUCCUUGGAUAUCGAACUACAGUCAGAACAUCAACUGGGGCAACGCCUUAUCUUCUGGUCCAUGGAACUGAAGCUGUAUUACCUGCAGAAGUUGAAAUACCAUCUUUGAGGGUCAUCCAGGAAGUCGAGCUGAGCAAUGCAGAAUGGGUGAAGAAUCGGUACGAACAACUAAUGCUUAUUGACGAGAAGAGAAUGAAUGCAGUUUGCCAUGGUCAACUCUAUCAAAAUAGGAUGGCCAGAGCCUUCAACAAGAAAGUGAAACCACGGCAGUUCAAACCGGGGCAAUUGGUUUUGAAGCGCAUAUUCCCGCACCAAAAUGAAGCCAAAGGAAAGUUUGCACCAAAUUGGCAAGGUCCGUAUAUGGUGCAUCAGGUAUUGACUGGAGGAGCACUGAUUUUAGCAGAAAUGGAUGGUGAAGUAUGGCCCAAGCCCAUCAACGCAGAUGCAGUCAAGAGAUACUACGUCUAG